CACCCCAUCUGUCUUCCUGCAGUAGGUACGCCUUGGAGGGGUGGAGGGCAUCGGUGUCCCAACAAAGUAGAGCUGUUUGGUAUCGGCAUACAAAAGCGCAGGCAAUGCUGUUGUCCUUUCAAAUACAUCCCGUCUGUCCUCAGCUUCUUGCCCAAACGUGGUGCUAACAUUUUCUAGCAACCAACCUCGACGGGUAGUGCCGUACACUUCACGUGAAUAGCUGCAUCUUCUCCUAUCACGCACACGCCGUGGAGUAUUAUGCCAUCGUUAUGUCCUGCCAUGGCCACGGAGCAUUGGAACCAGGAAUCCCCUCCAGAUCGUUUCGUCACCUUGCCUCUGUGGUCGAACUUGGGAGAAUCAUAUGCCCAUCUCUAUGUGCCAGCGUGGUGGCGAUCCUGCUGGCUGGCCGUGUUCUGCAAUGGCCAAAACCAACAGGGCAACAACAACAACAACAACCAACACCAGGGCAACAACCGGAACCAUGGCAACAACCCCAACCAGGAUCAAGGCGUCAACAAUGGCCAGAAACAGCAAGGCUUCAACAACAACAACCAACAACAAGGAAACAACCAGGGCCAAGGCGGCUUGGGGGGCCAAAACCAGCAAGGUCUGAGCAACAAUCAACACCAGGGCAACAACCAGAACCAGAUUCGCGGCAAUGGCAACGGCAAUGGUAAUGGCAACCAGCAAGGCGUCAAUAAUCAAGGGCUGAACAACCAGCAGCAUGGUAACCAGCAGGGCGCCGGUGCUCAGGGUGCUAAUGGUGGUCAAGGUGCUCAGGGUGCUGGUGGCGCUCAAGGCGCUGGUGGUGCCGGUGCUCAAGGGGCUCAGGGUGGACAGGGCGCUGGUGGUGAGGGAGCUGGUGGUGCUGGUGCUCAGGGUGCCGGUCGUGAAGGCGCUGGUGCUGGUCAGCAGGGUGCCUUUGGUGGUCAACACCAGGGUAACCAGCAGUUUGGCAACCAGCAAUUCGGCAACCAGCAAUUCGGCAACCAGGGGCAGCAAGGCUUCCCCGGUCCCCUCGGACCCGGUGGCUUUGGACCCGGUGGCUUCGGCCUCGGAGGCGGCUACGGCGGCGCGCACCAAGGUCCUGCUGGCGUCGGCCAGGGAGGUGGUGCCGGUCAGGGUCAAAACGGUGGCGGCGCCUUUGGUGACCAGAACCAGAACCAAACCAACAACGAGCUGCCGGGUGUCAACAACAACAACCACAACAACCACAACACGAACAACAACGUGGGUAACCAGCCAGGUCAAGGUGCACAAGGCUUCAACAAUGGCGCCCAGCAGCAGGGGCAGUUUGGCAAGCAGAAUGGACCCAGACCUGGUGGACGAGCUGAACCUAGUGGACGUCGCCGUCUUCACGGCUUUCAGAAUCCUUAUGCAAACUGUCAUCAUGGCUAA